AUGGAUGACAACUACGAUAUUAUUGUUCUCGGUACUGGUUUAACAGAAUGUAUUCUUUCUGGUAUCUUUUCCGUUGAAGGCAAAAAGGUGCUCCACAUGGAUAGAAACGACUACUAUGGUGGUGAAUCUGCUUCUUUGAACUUGACUCAACUCUACCGCAAAUACAGACCUGAUGCUGAGGUGCCUGCUGAAUUGGGUCGCGAUCGUGAUUACAAUAUUGACUUGAUCCCCAAGUUCAUGAUGGCUAACGGUGAAAUCGUGCGAUUCUUGACUCAUACCGAUGUCACUCGUUACCUUGAGUUUAAGCAAAUUGCUGGCUCCUUUGUCUACAAGGAUGGCAAGAUCUCAAAGGUACCUGCUAGCGAGACUGAAGCUAUCUCUACCUCUUUGUUGGGUCUGGUCGAAAAGCGUAGAUUGCAAAAGUUUUUCGAGUUUAUUCAAAACUGGAGAGAUGACGAUGAAUCCACUCAUGAAGGCUUGAACCUGGACGUAAACACCAUGGUGGAUGUAUAUGCAAAGUUUGGUCUUGAACCUGGAACCCAAGAUUUCAUUGGUCAUGCCAUGGCACUUCAUUUGGACGAUCAAUACCUCACCAAUCCAGCCCGUGAAACUACAGAAAAGAUUGUUCUUUACGUCGCUUCCAUGGCUCGUUACGGCAAGAGCCCUUACAUCUACCCCCUCCAUGGUUUAGGUGAACUCCCUCAAUCCUUUGCUAGAUUGAGUGCUAUUUACGGUGGUACCUAUAUGCUUGACAGAGCAGCUGAUGAGAUUCUCUAUGAAAACGGUGUUGCCGUUGGUGUUCGUUCCGGAUCAGAAACUGCCAAGGCCAAACAAAUCAUCUGUGAUCCAUCUUAUGCCAAGGACAAGGUCAAGACCACAGGUCAAGUUGUGCGUGCCAUUUGCUUCUUGAAGCAUCCUAUUCCCAACACAACUGAAGCUGAUUCGGUACAAAUUGUGAUUCCUCAAAACGAAUUGGGCCGCAAGCACGAUGUCUAUGUUGCCAGUGUCUCUAGCAACCAUGCUGUGUGUCCCAAGGACAUGUAUUUGGCUAUCGUGUCUACUAUUGUCGAAACUGAAGAUCCUGAGAGUGAAAUCAAGGCUGGUUUGGAUGUAUUGGGUCCUAUCCACGACAAGUUUGUUCAUGUCUCUGCUAUUGAGGAACCUACCUCAGAUGGUAAGGCCGAGCAAGUCUUUGUAUCAAAGUCUUAUGACGCUACUUCUCACUUCGAAACUGUUUGUGAUGAUGUAAAGAGUAUUUACAAGCGUAUGACUGGAAGUGACCUUGUCCUCAAAAAGAGAUCUGAAAAGGAUCACAUUGAGGCUUAA